CAAGGCCGCCGCCUCCGGGCUGUUCCCCCGGCAACGGCUCGGAACCGUUCCCCCGGCAACGCGCGGCGGGCGCGGUCCCCACAGCCAUGGACCCGCUGUCCGGCGCCGGGCCUCGCCGGGCUCGCGGCCGCCUGGGCGCGGCGGCCCCCGGAGCGCGGGCUGCGGCGGCGCCCUGGGCGCGCUUCUCGGCCUGGCUGGAGUGCGUGUGCGUGGUCACCUUCGACCUGGAGCUGGGCCAGGCGCUCGAGCUGGUGUACCCCAGUGACUUCCGGCUCACGGACAAGGAGAAAAGCAGCAUCUGCUACCUGUCCUUCCCUGACUCCCACUCAGGCUGCCUCGGAGACACUCAGUUCAGCUUCCGCAUUCGGCAGUGUGGCAGACAGAAGAGUCCAUGGCAUGCCGAGGACUGGCACUACAACAGUGGGGCGCCCGUGUCGUUGCAAAGGGAGCCAGCACACUACUUUGGUUACGUGUACUUCAGGCAGGUGAAGGACAGCUCCGUGAAGAGGGGCUACUUCCAGAAGUCUCUGGUGCUGGUGUCCCGCCUGCCGUUUGUCCGGCUAUUCCAGGCACUCCUGAGCCUGAUUGCCCCCGAGUACUUCGACAAGUUGGCCCCCUGCCUGGAAGCGGUGUGCAGUGAGAUUGACCAGUGGCCAGCCCCUGUGCCUGGGCAGACCCUGAACCUGCCUGUUAUGGGAGUCGUCCUCCAGGUGAGGGCUGGCCGUCGGGGGAGGGAAGGCGCCAGGUUUACGGAGACACCCACGCCCAUCUGGCAGCUACUCCCUUUUGCCCUCCAGGUUCACGUCCCGUCCAGGGUGGACAGGCCCGAGCACAGUCCUCCGAAGCAGUGUAGCCAUGAGAACCUGCUGCCCGCCCCCGUGGUCCUCACCAGCGUCCAUGAACUGGACCUGUUCAGGUGCUUCCAGCCUGUGCUGACCCAUGUGCAGACUCUGUGGGAGCUCAUGCUCCUCGGGGAGCCCCUGGUGGUCCUGGCACCCUCGCCCGCCAUGUCCUCAGAGAUGGUGCUGGCCUUAAUCAGCUGUCUGCAGCCCCUCAAGUUCUGCUGUGACUACCGCCCCUACUUCACCAUCCAUGACAGCGAGUUCAAGGAGUUCACCACGCGCACGCAGGCCCCACCAAACGUGGUCCUGGGAGUCACAAACCCUUUCUUUAUCAAAACACUCCAGCACUGGCCCCACAUCCUCCGUGUUGGAGAGCCCAAGAUGUCAGGGGAUCUUCCUAAGCAGGUCAAGCUGAAAAAGCCCUCUAGGCUGAAGACCCUUGACACCAAGCCAGGCCUCUACACCACGUACUCGGCCCACCUCCACCGGGACAAGGCACUGCUCAAGCGGCUGCUCAAGGGGCUGCAGAAGAAGAGGCCCUGGGACACACAGACAGCACUGCUGAGAAGGCACCUCCUGGAGCUCACGCAGAGCUUCAUCAUCCCCCUGGAGCACUACAUGGCCAGCCUCAUGCCCCUGCAGAAGAGCAUCACACCCUGGAAGACUCCUCCCCAGAUCCGCCCUUUCCGCCAGGAUGACUUCCUGCGUAGCCUGGAGCACGCAGGGCCCCAGCUCACCUGCAUCCUCAAGGGCGACUGGCUGGGCCUCUACAGGCGGUUUUUCAAAUCCCCCCACUUUGACGGCUGGUACCGGCAGCGGCACAAAGAGAUGGCCCAGAAGCUGGAGGCCUUGCACCUUGAGGCUAUCUGUGAGGCGCAGAACAUCGAGACUUGGAUGAAGGACAAGUCUGAGGUGGAGGUCGUGGACCUGGUCCUGAAACUUCGGGAGAAGCUGGUGCAGGCACAGGGCCACCAGCUCCCCGUGAAGGAGGCAGCACUGCAGCGGGCACAGCUGCACAUCGAGACCGUCAUCGGCUCUUUGCCCAAGGACCUGCAGGCUGUCCUGUGCCCUCCCUAGGACAGGGCCAAGGGGCAAGGUCCAGGGGCCUGGGUCUGGCCAAGCUUCCUUCUCCUCGGUGAGAGGUGGCCCCAGCCAGGCACGAGCUCCCGACCUGAGCUCCCCACAGCUGCUGUCUAGCCUUGGCCGUCCCCGUCGGCACCCGUGUUGUUUCAGCAGUAAAGGUGGCAUUUGGAACCACA